CUUUGGUGCGGACCCAGUGGAGUCCCCCGAUUGCAGAACGCGACGCGGUAGCAGCGGCUUGCGCGCCCAAGUUUGGCCCCCGCGCGGCCCCCAAAAAGCAACGCACACCCAUGCCCGUAGCCAAAUUUAUUACGAACUGUGGAGUACCCCCGACCCCCGACCGAGGAGACGAUCGACCGCGUGCAACCAGACGUCGUGCUGUGCGCGUCCUUCGGCGGUGCCUACGUCGCGCGCCUGUGGGAGACGGGCUUGUGGGCCGGCCCGACGGUGAUGAUCAACGUGCACCCGAGCUGCGGACGGCUGCCUCAGGGCGUGCCGGUGGUGCUCGCGCACGGCGGGAACGACGCGUCCUACCCGGCCAGCAGGGAGAGCUUGGAGGCGCUGGCAGCCUCCGCGAGCCCCAACCACUGCUUCCUGCUGUACUCCGGGGACAGCGGGCAGCUCGGCACGGGCCAGAAGUCGCGCGUGGGCGACGGGCACCGCAUGGAUUCGCUCUUGCUGCACGAUUGCCUGCCGAGGCUCAUCGACGCCGCCCUGGGCGCCGACGGUCCCGAGCUGCACUUCAUGCGCACGUGGAGGGAACGCCUGACAACCGAGAGGCUAGAGGCGGAGCGCUCCCUCGGCCUCACGCCAGAGGAGUUGAGGAGGUUCUGGGCGUCGCCGGGUCGGAAGGGCCUCGGAGACCGGAGGCUGUUCCAGGUGUCCGCGGGCGGCGAGGAGUUCCAGUGGGUGUGCCGCCUGUUCCAGGCCCUGCCCCUUGAGAGACAGACGUACCAGCUCUCGCCAGAGGAGGCGUGGGCGCAGGUGCGGAUCGUGGACGUCCAGCGCGUAGAGAACGGCCUGCAACUGGAGGGCAGCACCAAACCCUAUCACGACGCCCUGUGCAGAGCGCUGCAGGACCAGGGCGUGGGGCUCGAGCCCGGUGUCCACACCUGCUGGGCCUUCCACGGCUGCGGCGCCGACGCGAGCGUCAUGGACUCCAUCGUCGGCAACCCGAUCGCCGGCUUCCAGCCGCUGGCAUCCGGCUCGCGCGGCGCGUCCCUCUGGGGCACGGGCACCUACUUCGCCCGGGAAGCCAAGUACGUCGUGGACGGCGGCUUCUGCGGCGCGCCGGGUGCGGGCGGCUCACGGCGCGUGCUGCUGUGCCUGCUGCAGCUGGGCACGCCGUGCCUCGGCGACCCACGGCACAGGGGCGUGCUUCCCUUGCGGCCCGCGGUGGCGCCGCACCGGUACAGCAGCUCGGUGGACUCCCUUUCCAGCCCCGAGAUCUUCAUCACGCAGCACCACGGCGCAGCGCACCCAGCCUACGUGAUCACGUUCAGGUAGGCUGGUCGCCGGGCGCCAGUGAGAGUCAGAGAAGGGGCAGCUGAGACAACGGCAGUGAGAGGGAGGCGCCCUGAUCUUGCAAGCCCAGGCCUGAACCGGCCAGCACCAGAGACCUUGCGUGGACGGUCGGCGUCCACCCUGCGUGCGGCUUGCGUGGUCCCUGCGCGGCGGCCCGCACCCCUCCAGGGUUGCCCCGCCCGCACGGCGGCGGAGGGGCCCUGGCAGAACUCGGCCCGCCUGCUCUGGGGCAGAAUUCGGCGCACAGCCUGGCAGCGUUACAGGCGCGCCAGGACUGGCAGGGGAAGGCGCGGCGGGAAAGUCCGCCCCGCCUCCUCGGGUCCAGCUGGCCAGGCAUGCUGGCCAGGCGCAACAAUGGCGCCCCGGCCCCCGUGCAUUUGUCUCGUCCGGCGCGGAGCUUCUGGCGAGCUGGACGUGUGCGCCGCCUGGCCGAUGUGCACGGCUGGCUGGUGAGUAGGGAUCGAGGCUGGACGCCUGUUGCUCGCGGGGCUUUCUGGACCCCCGCUGCUGCAGGUUAUCACGCGCCUCAGAAGCACGAGUGUCAGAGGUGUCGGGCUCAGGCGUCGUGAAAGAGUGGUGGGCGUGCUCGCAUGUUGUCACGACACGGGCGAGGUCCGGGUACCUUGACGGUCUGCCAGCUUGCGCCCCACCAGCUGGACUCGUG